AUGAAGGUCUCAGCUCUCUUAGUAGCGGCCUGCGCUGCUCUUGCUCAUGGACAUUGUAUCUUUCAGAAAAUGUCUGUGAACGGCAAAGAGUACGGCUCCCUAGCAGGUCUCAGAGCACCGAACCAAAAUAACCCAACCGAAGACGUAACCUCCCAAGACAUCAUCUGCGGGAAAGUCGCAACCUCCUCCCAAGAAGUCAUCACCGUCGCGCCCGGAGACAAGAUCGGCUCCUGGUGGCAGCACGUCAUCGGAGGCGCCCAGUACCCCGGCGACCCAGACAACCCGAUCGCAAAGUCCCACAAAGGUCCCAUCACCGCCUGGCUCGCCAAAGUCCCCAGUGCGUCCAGUACCGGGAUAGCGGGGCUUCAAUGGUUCAAGGUCGCCGAAGAUAACCUCGAAACUAGCUCUGGGUUAUGGGGCGUCGAUAAGAUGAUCAACAAUGGGGGCUGGAGCUACUUCAACUUGCCGCAGUGCAUUGCGCCUGGGGAGUAUUUGUUGCGUGUUGAGUUGUUGGCUCUUCAUUCCGCUCAUCAGGUGAAGGGUGCGCAGUUCUAUAUUUCAUGUGCGAAUAUCAAGGUCACAGGCGCUGGGAGCUUUUCGCCUGGCUCGACUGUGAGCUUCCCGGGCGUGUAUCAGCAAAGUGAUCCUUCGAUCCUUAUCAACAUCUAUGGCACUGGUGGUCUCCCGAACAAUGGCGGCAAGGCGUACUCCGCCCCUGGACCGAGACCAAUUACUUGCUAG